GUUUAUCUCGAUACUUCAAAACUCCUAAGAACUUCAUAAAUCCAGUGUGUGGGUCUUCCAGUGAGUUGGAGAGGAUUGAGGAACCAUGGAACAGUUUGAAAGCUUGAUAUGGACUAUAAAUAUUAUAUUGGUGCUUGUAAGCAUUGGAUCCUGUAUUGCAUGUGGUAGAGCCGAGUACAGAAUAGGGGAUGAAUGUUGUCCCAUGUGUUCACCAGGAAAUCGUGUAUAUAAGCAUUGUACUGAAUUCACCAGCACCAGCUGUGUGCCCUGUGUUGAUUCUACAUUCCUUGAUGAGCCCAAUGGUCUCAUAAAAUGCAAAGUGUGUACCAACUGUGAUCCAGGUUUGGGUUUGAAGGUAAAGCAGCCAUGUAGACCUUCAUCAGACACUGUCUGUGGGACACUGGAGGGGUUCUACUGUCUAGACCCAACUAAGGAUGGUUGUAGAGCAGCCCAGAGACACAGCAGCUGUAAACCUGGUCAAUACAUCAGCCACACAGGAACAACAUCUACAGAUACUGUGUGUGCUGACUGCAUUGGUGAUACUUAUUCAAAUGGAUCAUUAACAUCCUGCCAGCCACACACCAAGUGUAAAUCCUUAGGUCUUCAAGAACUUAGACCAGGAACUCAUUUGUCCAAUUCUGAAUGUGGACCACAAUCCUCAAAAAUAGAAACUGGAAUCAUAAUUGGUGUUGCGGCAUCAGUCCUAAUAAUAAUAAUAAUAAUAAUAGGAUUUGUAAUUCUAAGGAGGAAAAGAAGUCCAACAACAGUGACUUUUUCUCCAGUGACAGUAAUUGCUGUAGCGGCAUCAUCAGAUUUAGAGGAAACACCAAGCAAUGUACAAUGAAACAGAAGAAGGUACAGCGUCUUGCAUGUGUUCGUUUUGGAAGUAAGUAAUGAUUCAAGCUCUGGCCACACUUAUCAUUACAAUGCUACCUGAGGUUUGGGUUUGAAGGUAAAGCAGCGAUGUAGACCUUCAUCAGACACUGUAUGUGGGACACUGGAGGGGUUCUACUGUCUAGACCCAACUAAGGAUGGUUGUAGAGCAGCCCAGAGACACAGCAGCUGUAAACCUGGUCAAUACAUCAGCCACACAGGAACAACAUCUACAGAGACUGUGUGUGCUGACUGUCCUGGUGAUACUUAUUCAAAUGGAUCAUUAACAUCUUGUCAACCACACACAGAAUGUGAAUUCUUGGAAAUUGAACCAGGAACUCCUUGGUCGGAUUCAGAAUGCGGAGUAACCUCACUUCCCACAGCUGGAACCAUAGCUGGUGUUCUGAUAGGUUUCCUGAUAGCCACCAUAGCUGGUGUUUGUUCAUUUAUAGUGAGAACAAGAGAAAUGGUGAGAAGAAUAGAAAUAGUGUGAACAAGACAAAACUUUGGUAAGAUUACUGGAGUUUUAUCUGUACCUUUCAUUGUUUUCAAUGCCUGUGAUACUCAGUAUAUUCUGUGAAUGCUACAUGUUCUAUUUCUCAUAGUGUAGAUUACUGUUUGUUAACGUCAUGGUUACACAGGUAUGUUUGGAAAUCUAUGAAUAUCUUUCAUCACAUUGUAUUACUAAGUCAUCUUUUUAGCUGUGAAAUUUGAAUUUAAUGGGCCAUUUUCGCAGACAAUAGAUGUUAUGAUGAGUUUCUGGUAUUUAGAAGUGAGGAUGCAAGAAUAUACUUAGACACUUAGGUGGGGAGUUCAUAUAAGUAUUUAUUUGAUCACGGGCCCGUGCAUUGGCAUAACAAACGGCGAUAGCUUUGCCCCAUGUCAUUCCAACUACCACACAUAAAUCUCUCAGCCCUUUAUACUCUCUCAGUUACGUGUUUCUUCAACCACAUCUGGCCAUCGUCAAUGCACACUACCCAUUCUAUGUCAUGACCUCGUAGCCCUAAGCAGGACGUUCCCUCCGUACAUCGUUCUAUUAUAAACACUGCUAUCCUCCCUGGAGGCACCAAUAACCACUCCUUCUUACUAACUUUAACCUAGUUAUACACACCCAUAUGAAAUGACAUCAUAAUAACAUCAUAACAAUAGACCUCCAUUGAAUGUGCUUCUUUGUCCAGGACUGGGCUUAAUCUCUUUCCGGGAUACUGGCCCAAUGUGUUUGACUAAUUACUGAUUCUAUCUGAUAGACAUCCCCAAAUCAGGAAAUAUCAAUGCUGUCUGUGGGAACUGGAAAAGAUUCAAGCCACCAUCACAGUCAAGGACUCAACAUUCUGUAAUCUGUGCUCCACUGGCUGGCUGGUCCAGCCAUCUAUAGUGUAUUUUAACACUACAUGUUAAAUGUGAUAUUGUAGAAUCUGGUUGGUAUAAAAACAGGAUUCUAUAGCACAUUCAAAGAAUAUGACCUUUGGGUAGAGGAUCACUGUGCCUUGAUAAUGACUAUUAUGUGGCUUAGUGUAUUAAUCAUAUACAUUAGCUUCCACCUACACUGGAACAUGUAUAUCAGCUUCUGCCUACAGCCUGUUCUAAAAUGAAAAGGACCAUGUGAUGAGGAUUAGGAACCAGCAUCAGUAGGUAAGAACCCUCUGCUCUGCCCAGGGGAAAGUCAAACGUGUGUAUAACUUCAGGACCACAACGUCUGUCAGCCCAGACUAUGGAACUCCAAAUGGGACUUGAUAAUAUAUUGAGACAGAGAUUACUGGAUACUGGUGCAGGAUGCAGUGUUCGCUUGGGGAAGAUGCCCUAGAAAUUAGAAACAGCGUCAAAAGGAUGGGAAGGAAAAUUCAAAUAGAUACCUUUACACUACAAGGACAUCAACAUCACGCUCAUAGAAGCAGACAAGGACAUCAACAUCACGCUCAUAGAAGCAGACAAGGACAUCAACAUCACGCUCAUAGAAGA